UGUAGCCAUUUUCAGUAAUGUCAGCAAUAUAGCUAAAGAUUUAGAUUUCUUAAGAAUAGUUGUAUGUUGUAAUUUAUAAAAACAUGUGUUAAUAGUUUACAUAAAAGGUUUUGUUACUCUAAAGUUAAUACUUUAAGUCUUCUACACGAUUGUUUAAAGACAAAAUGAUGCAAUUUAUGUUACUGUUCAGCCGUCAAGGCAAGCUUCGUCUACAGAAAUGGUACGUCGCUCACCCAGAUAAACUAAAGAAGAAAAUAACUAGAGAGUUAAUCACAACAGUUCUUGCACGUAAGCCGAAAAUGUGCUCAUUCCUUGAGUGGAAAGAUGUCAAAGUUGUGUACAAGAGAUAUGCAUCACUUUACUUCUGUUGUGCAAUGGAGCAAGAGGAUAAUGAACUUCUGACUCUGGAACUUAUUCACAGAUAUGUGGAAUUACUUGAUAAAUACUUUGGCAGUGUAUGUGAAUUGGAUAUCAUCUUCAAUUUUGAGAAGGCUUACUUCAUCUUGGAUGAGCUGGUUCUUGGCGGUGAGCUUCAGGAGACUAGCAAGAAAAAUGUGUUGAAGGCGAUCGCUGCACAGGAUCUGCUGCAAGAGGACGAGACGGUGGACGCGGCGCUACGCGACGUGGGGCUCCUGUAGGCCUUCGCCCUGCAACGAGGAAUCCAGAACUAAACCAAGAUAGUGCUAAACGGAAUCAUGACAGGAAUACCUUUAAGAUGAAUGCAUGGAUUUGAAUAUAAUGCAAUUUUUUUUAUAUUUGAACUACAGUUGAACCUAGAUUAGCGAGACCUUGGACUGUAAUCCAGGUUCGACUAUAAAUAAUGUAUUUAACUAUGGAAAUAGAUAAGUUAUUUGAACUCUCUCAAUCAUUCAGUCUCUUACUUUCUCUGAUCUCUUUUAACUCCGUGACUCUAUCAUAUCGUAUUUCUUCAAUACUCUAAAAAUUAUUUUAUUGCAAUUAAUCCAAAUUUUUAGUUCAAAAUACAGUAUUACAGACAAUAUUAGCUCUGAUUGAAAACACGUGGAUGCUGUGCUGCAAAGUUCUUACAUUUUAUAGCCAAGAGGCGGUCUAGUUCAUUUUUUUUCCUAUUUGAAAAGCAGUUAGGUACAUAAUAGGGGUAUAAGGUAUUCAUUCCAUUUUAAAAGCAUUUACAAUUGUAAAUAAAUCUAAACUAGUAUUUUUUUUAAUAAAACUAAUUUUGCAUACUGUUUUUUCAAAAAUGAUAAAUUGUACAAGAUUUUUUUUUUAGUAAAGUGUAGAUAAUUUCCAAUAAAUGUAGUUGAAGUUGAAUAUCAUACGAAUGAUAUUCGGUCAUUCAACAAAAAAUCCUAGAUUUAUUCAUUCGCCCACAUGUAUGUGAAAAGAUAAGUUUUUUUUUUUGUCUAAUCUAUAUAUUUUUAUAACGUAAGUAUCACUUUAUAAUAAAUUAUAAUAUAUUACUUAAUAUAAAUAAGUAGUGAGUAUUUUAAGAGCUUUAUCAGGGUUGACUUUUUUUUUAUUGACAACAAUUUUAGUUUUUAAAAAACUUAGCAGACAUGAGGGAGAUGGAAUUUUUUUACUUCUGAGUUAAGUUGCUUUAAGUUUUACUAUUAGUUGCUUCAUUUAAAAUGAAUAUGAUUUUUCUAUUGCCAUUCAAACCAAAGCCGACAAAGGUGCGUUAUAUUUUUUUUUAGCUAAAUUAAUUCUCCAAGUUAUAUU